GUGGCGGCGGCGGCAGCGGCGCGAUGUUCUCGGCAGGAGCGGAGAGUUUGCUCCACCAGGCCAGGGAGAUCCAGGACGAGGAGCUGAAGAAGUUCUGUUCCCGGAUCAGUAAACUGCUGCAGGCGGAGGACUUGGGGCCGGACACCCUUGACUCCCUGCAGAGGCUCUUCCUCAUCAUCUCAGCCACGAAGUACAACCGGAGGCUGGAGAAGACAUGUGUAGACCUGCUGCAGGCCACUCUCGGCCUGGCCACGUGUCCCGAGCAGCUCCAGGUGCUUUGCGCCGCCAUCCUGCGAGAGAUGUCCCCCUCCGACAGCCUCAGCCUGGUCUGGGACCACACCCAGAACAGCCGGCAGCUGAACCUGGUGGCCUCCGUGCUCUUGGCCCAGGGUGAUAGAAAUGAGGAGGUCAGUGCUGUGGGCCAGGGCGUGCUGCGAGCGCUGGAGAGCCGGCAGCCUGAGGGGCCCAGCCUCAGAUACCUCCUCCCCAUCAUGGCCAAGGUCGUGGUCCUCAGCCCGGGCACCCUCCAGGAGGACCAGGCCACCCUGCUCAGCAAGCGGCUGGUCGACUGGCUGCGCUACGCUAGCCUCCAGCAAGGGCUCCCGCACUCCAGCAGCUUCUUCUCCACACCCAGGGCCCGGCAGCCGGGCCCCAUCACCGAGAUGGACGGGGCGGUGGCCACAGACUUCUUCACGGUGCUCUCCACCGGCCACCGCUUCACGGAGGACCAGUGGCUGAACGUGCAGGCCUUCUCCAUGCUGCGGGCGUGGCUGCUGCACAGUGGCCCCGAGGGCCUGGGCACCCUGGACACAGAUGACAGGUCAGAGCAGGAGGGCUCCACGCUGUCGGUGAUCUCCGCCACCUCCUCCUCCGCCGGCCGCCUGCUGCCGCCCCGGGAGCGGCUUCGGGAGGUGGCCUUCGAGUACUGCCAGCGCCUCAUUGAGCAGAGUAACCGACGGGCCCUGAGGAAGGGGGACUCCGACCUGCAGAAAGCUUGCCUGGUGGAGGCUGUGCUGGUGCUGGAUGUGCUGUGCCGGCAGGACCCGUCCUUCCUGUACCGAAGCCUCUCCUGCCUGAAGGCCCUGCACGGGCGGGUGCGCGGGGACCCGGCCUCUGUGCGGGUGCUGCUGCCCCUCGCCCGCUUCUUCCUGAGCCACGGGGAGGCAGCUGCAGUGGACUCGGAAGCCGUCUACCAGCACCUGUUCACCAGGAUCCCGUUGGAGCAGUUCCACAGCCCCAUGCUGGCCUUUGAGUUCGUCCAGUUCUGCAGGGACAACCUCCACCUGUUCGGCGGGCACCUCAGCACCCUCAGAUUGAGCUUCCCCAACCUCUUCAAGUUCCUGGCCUGGAACAGCCCACCCCUCACCUCCGAGUUUGUGGCGCUCCUCCCGGCCCUGGUGGACGCCGGAACGGCCCUGGAGAUGCUGCAUGCACUGCUGGACCUGCCCUGCUUGACGGCGGUGCUGGACCUGCAGCUCAGGUCAUCGCCGGCUCCAUCCGAGAGGCCACUCUGGGACACCUCUCUCAGGGCCCCCAGCUGCCUGGAAGCCUUCCGGGACCCGAAGUUCCAGGGCCUUUUCCAAUACCUGCUGCGCCCCAAGGCCAGCGGCGCCACCGAGAGGUUGGUGCCGCUCUACCAGCUGCUGCAGCCCAUGGCCAGCUGCGCCCGUGUGGCCCAGUGUGCCGAGGCCGUGCCCACGCUGCUGCAGGCGUUCUUCUCAGCGGUGACCCAGGUGGCUGACGGGGCCCUGAUCACCCAGCCUGGCGCUGCGCCUCCUGGGCAGGAAGCCCGAUCCACUCUAACCGGCCGGGGAUGCGGCCCGUGUACACAGGCCCUUGGCCUGAAAGGGGUGGCUGGGGUGGGGAUGGGGUCAGAGGUCUGCGUGGAGGAGGCUGUGCUGAGCUCCCAGUUCCUGGCCCUGUGUACGUUGAAGCCCUCCCUGGUGGUGGAGCUGGCAAGAGACCUGCUGGAGUUCCUGGGCAGCGUGAACGGCCUCCGCAGCAGGGCGAGCCUCGUCACCAGUGUGGUGUGGGCCGUCGGCGAGUACCUAUCCGUGGCCUACGAUCGGAGGUGCACUGUGGAGCAGAUCAACAAGUUCUUCGAAGCCCUGGAGGCCCUGCUGUUCGAGGUCACCCAGUGCCGCCCCUCUGCUGCCCUGCCCAGGUGUCCCCCCAAGGUGGUCACCGUGCUGAUGACCACCCUGACGAAGCUGGCCUCCCGGAGCCAAGACCUGAUCCCCAGGGCCUCUCUGUUGCUGUCAAAGAUGAGGACCCUGACUCAGAGUCCAGCCACUGGCUCCAUGCACGGCGAGGAGGGUGCGGAAGCCAUCUGCACCCGGGCCACGGAGCUGCUGACCCUGCUGAAGAUGCCCAGUGUGGCCCAGUUUGUGCUCACACCCAGCACAGAGGUGUGCAGCCCCCGAUACCACCGCGAUGUCAACACGGCGCUGCCCCUGGCCCUGCGCACGGUCAGCCGGCUGGUGGAGAGGGAGGCCGGCCUCCUGCCGGGAUGAAGGGACAGCGGCCAGGGACGCCGGUGCAGAUGAAGAGGGCGAGGGAGUUCUGGGAGAGGAGGCAAGGCCCAGGGUGCGCUUGGCACCCUCAGAC